AUUUAAACCACCGGAGACUCGCACCAUCGCACCAUCAAUGGCGGUCUCUGCUAAAACCCAUACAAUAUCUUCACGUCACUCAGACCUCUUAAACUCUCUUCACCAUAACCCCAUCUCCAAAACCCCCAAUUUCCCAAUCCCAUCGCGACCCACCAAACUUUCACUAACAAAAAAGCACGAAAUCUCCGUAUUCACCACCGAUUCAUUCAACACAAGCGACCCAAACACCCUCAUAUGCAACCUAUGCCUUCACGGGAACCUCCAACAAGCUUUAAUCCCCUUAAACGCCAUGAAAAAGCUCCGAAUUUGCGUCGAAGAAGAAACUUACAUUUCGUUAAUCGAUCUCUGUGAGCGGAAACGAGCAGAGGCUGAAGGGUGCGAAGUGUAUGAUAUGAUAAAGAGUUCGAAUACCCAAUUGGGAAUUCGAAUUGGGAACCAGUUGUUGAGUAUGUUUGUCAGGUUUGGAAAUUUGGUGGAUGCAUGGUAUGUGUUCGGUAAAAUGUCUGAGAGAAAUGUGUUCACUUGGAAUGUUUUGAUUGGUGGGUAUUGUAAAUCUGGGUGUUUUGAUGAGGCUUUGAGUUUGUAUAAUCGGAUGUUGUGGGCGGGUGUUCGACCCGAUGUGUAUACUUUUCCUAGCGUGUUAAGAACUUGUGGGGCGGUAUCGGAUGUGGUUAGGGGUAGGGAGGUUCAUGUUCAUGUGUUGAGGUUCGGGUUGUCGUCGAAUGUUGAUGUGAAUAAUGCUUUGAUUAGUAUGUAUGUGAAAUCUGGGAAUGUAUAUACUGCCCGCUUAGUGUUUGAUAAAAUGCCUGAAAGGGACACGAUAUCAUGGAACGCGAUGAUUUCAGGGUAUUUUGAAAAUGAGGAGUGUUUGGAUGGGUUAAAGUUGUUUCUUAACAUGCUUGAUCGCUUUGUGGUUCCGGAUUUGAUGACUAUAACUAGCGUAAUAUCGGCCUGUGGAUAUGUUGGCGAUGAAAGAUUAGGAAAAAGCGUUCACGCGUAUGCAACAAAACACGCGUUUGGACAAGACGUUUCCAUCGAUAACUCGUUAAUACAGUUUUACGCAAGCGUUGGAGCUUGCGAAGAAGCCGAAAAAGUUUUCAGUAGAAUCAGAUCAAAAGACGUAGUAUCAUGGACAUCGAUGAUAUCGAGUUAUGAGAACAACGGUUUGUCCGAAAAAGCUAUAGAAUUUUACAAGAAGAUGAAGACGGAAAACAUCGAACCGGAUGAAAUCACUAUCGCUAGUGUCAUCUCCGCUUGCGCUUCGUUAAAUCUCUUAGAUUUGGGUAUCGAGUUACACGAAUAUGCUAAAACGACUGGAUUCGUAUCAUACGUCAUUGUCGCCAACGCAUUGAUCGAUCUUUAUUCCAAAUGUAAACGUAUCGAUAAAGCGUUGGAAGUCUUCAAACUCAUUAGGAACAAGAACAUCAUAUCUUGGACUUCAAUCAUCCACGGUUUGGUCAUCAAUAACCGAAAUCUCGAAGCUCUUAUUUUCUUUAGAAGAAUGAAAACUAGUUUACUUCCGAAUUCAAUCACGUUAAUCGCCGUUCUUGCAGCGUGCGCUAAAAUCGGAGCAUUGGUGACCGGAAAAGAAAUCCACGCAUACGCGUUAAGAGUCAGGCUAGCGUUCGACGGAUACGUACCAAACGCACUUCUGGACAUGUACGUAAAAUGCGGGAAUAUGAAAACCGCGUGGAACCAGUUCAAUUCAAUCGAAAACGACAUUACUUCGUGGAACACGAUGUUGACCGGCUAUGCGCAAAGAGGACAAGGUCAACACGCGAUUGACUUAUUUACGAGAAUGGUCAAAUCCGAUGUAGAACCCGACGCGGUUACCUUUAUUUCGUUAUUAUGUGCGUGUGGUAGAUCCGGUAUGGUCGAACACGGUUUAGAGUAUUUCAACAUUAUGACAGAAGAUUAUCGUAUUGUCCCGAACCUCAAACAUUACGCUUGCGUAGUUGAUUUACUCGCGCGUGCAGGGAAACUCGAAGAAGCUUACACGUUUAUAACAAAAAUGCCGUUAAAACCCGACGCAGCAGUAUGGGGAGCUUUGCUAAACGCGUGUAGGAUUUACCGAAAUUUCGAGUUGGGGCAAGUGGCGGCCCGGCGUAUAUUCGAUCUAAACGAGUGGACAAACGUCGGGUAUUAUACGCUUUUGUGCAAUUUUUACGCUGAUAACGGUAAAUGGGAUGAAGUCGCAAAGUUGAAAAAGUCAAUGAGCGAAAAAGGGGUUAUCGUUGACCCCGGGUGCAGUUGGGUGGAAGUGAAAGGGAACGUUCACGCGUUUCUUACGGGUGAUAAGAACCAUCCUCAACAAAAAGAAAUCGAUUCGAUUUUGAACGGUUUUUAUGAAAAGAUGGACGGUAUCGCGGUAUUUGAUGAUUCGAAAGCGGAUGUUUUGUGCGGGCAUAGUGAACGAUCGGCCGUUGGAUUCGGGCUUUUGAAUACGGCUCCGGGUGUGCCUAUACGAGUUACGAAAAAUCUGUAUAUGUGUAUAAGUUGUCAUUGUUUGUUGAAGUUUAUUUCGAAAGUAGUUAGGAGAGAAAUUAGUGUUAGGGAUAGUGAAUGUUUUCAUUGUUUUAAGGAUGGUGUGUGUUCUUGUGGGGAUUCUGGUUAUAAGCCAACAAAUUCAUCAUAAAAGAAACAAAAUUUUGAUA